CCGCUUUAGUUAAAUCAGUCGCAAAAAAGUCCGUGGCCAGAACGCUGAAAAAAACUAAAACUAAAAUUCUCUGAAAACCCACAGCAACGCUUUAAUCGUUUGAGCAGCAAGAGAGAAAGGGAGCGACUAAGAGAAAGAGAGAGGAGAGAAAGAGAGAGUGAGAGAGAAAGAGGAAGAGAGAGAGCGCAACAUACGAAACGAGGCAGUAAACAAACAAGCAAAGGUGACCACGUAUAGGAAUUGUCUGGAGGAGGAGCAGGAGCAGGAGCAGAAGCAGAAGCAGCAGCAGGACGAGCGGCGGUAGCAGGAGACUUACACACCACACACACACACACCUACCCAUCCAUCCAUCCAUUUACCCAUCGCAACACACACCCCAACCCCCCCACACACACACACACACACACACACAGAGAAACAACAAAGAUGUCAUGGAGAUAUGCGCUAUCCACGGACAGAUACACCAGCAGCAUUGGCGAUAGAUAUAGUCCUCUUUAUUAUCAGUCGCCAAGUCGUCUGGAGACCUCCGAACAGACAACAGGACGUCAGCUGCAACGAGUCCUUCACUACUCGAUGGCUCCCACACGGGCUUUGCCCGGCUUGAGGAGAGCCGAAUGCGCCAUUCACGAUGUUGACUGUGAUGAAGUGUAUCCGGGCAUUUUUAUAGGCGAUGCUGCGGCGGCUAAAAGUAAAACGUAUCUGAGAAUGAUGGGCAUCACACAUGUGCUAAAUGCAGCGGAAGGCUGUCGCUAUGGUCAGGUGGAUACUGGACACAGUUACUAUCGUGAUAUGCCGAGUGUUAGACGCCAACAUAAGGUUUGUGUUUUUAGGUAUAUGGGCUUCCCCAUGAUCGAUGCCCCAACGACAGAUAUAUCGCGUUACUUCUAUGUGGCGGCCAAAUUCAUUGACAGUGCCAUCAGCAGCGGCGGUAAAAUUCUCGUCCACUGUCUUGUGGGGAUGUCACGAUCAGCCACUUGUGUUUUGGCCUAUUUGAUGAUCUGUCGCAAAAUGUCAGCCGUCGAUGCAAUACGCACGGUUCGCAUGCGUCGCGAUAUUAGGCCAAAUGAUGGAUUUUUACAACAAUUGGCCGACUUGGAUAUGGAACUGAAGCGCAAAAAUUUCUAUCCCUAUUAAGAAAAACAACAAACAGAAAAAAAAAAUAUAUAUUUUAAAUCAUGAUUGUUUAGUUAAACGACAGGGGGCAGUAGUAGACCAAUCACACACUCUUUUAAUAAUCUCCCCCUGUCCACUUCCAUGAGAAUCAUAAAAGAAUACAACCAAAGAAACAAAACAAACGAAAAAAAAAAACAAAACGAUU